UGGCGAGUACGAUCUUGAGCUUCGGCGCCCUCUGAGCAUUUUGGGUAUUGUAGUCCCUCCCAGAGGUAUUGUGGGUAUCGCACUUCCGCUUCGCGCUGUUGUAUUUCUGGACAUUGUGACCAUCUUUUAAAGCUCAUGCUCUGCCUCUGCAACUUGACUCUUGUCUAGGAAGAGCACUCAGCAGACCAAGAAUAUGGCCCCAGGGCUCCUGACAACCAGGGAUGAGGCAUUAAUGGCCUUCAAGGAUGUGGCUGUGGCCUUCACCCAGAAGGAGUGGAAGCUACUGAGUCCUGCUCAGAGGACCCUGUAUCGGGAUGUAAUGCUGGAGAACUACAGCCAUAUGGUGUCGCUGGGAAUUGCCUUUCCUAAACCAAAACUCAUCAUACAACUGGAGCAAGGGGACGAGCCCUGGAGAGAGGAGAGUGAAAGUCUUUUGGACCUUUGUCCAGCAGAACCAAGAACAGAAUUCCAGCCCCAUCUCUCCUGCCCAGUGAGUUUUUCCAGUCCACAGUUCCUCCAUCAGUAUGUGCUCUGCGGUCACUUCCCUCAGAUCUUCCCAGGUUCAUCUGCAGGAAGCCACUUCCUACUAGAAGCUCCAAGCUGCUCGAGUAACAAAGCAGAAGAUGGAGAGAGAGAAGGCUCUUGCACUGUGUUUGGGAGGCCGCGGCUGAGCGGGACUUCAAGGGCAUUCUUCAGCCCAUCUCAAGAUACUACGUUGUCUACAGAUUGAAGGUUUGUGGCAAUCCUGCAUUGAGUAAGUCCAUUGGUGCAAUUUUCCCAAUUAGCAUUACUUUAAAAUUAAGGUAUGUACAUUGGUUUUUUAGACAUAAUGCUAUCGUACAUUAACAGACUGUAAUAUAGUAUACACAUAACUUUUAUAUGCACUAGUAAACAAAAAAAUUCAUGUGGCUUGUUUUGUUCUAAUAUUUGCUCUAUUUUGGUGGUCUGGAACCAAACCUGCAAUAUCUCCAAGGUAUGCCUGUAUACAAUGGAAUAUUAUGCAGCCUUUAAAAUGAAGGAAAUGCUGCUAUUUGUGACAACAUGGAUGAACCUGAAAGAGAUUAUGCUAAGUGAAAUAAGCCAGAUACAGAAAGACAGCUACAAACACUUCAUGAUACUACUUUUAUGUAGAAUCUAAAAUAGUCAUAGAUGUGGGGUACAGAACAGUGGUUGACAGGAGAUGAGGGGAUGGAAAAAUUGGCAGCUAUUGAUCAAGAAAUACAAAGUUUCAGUUAUGCAAGGUGAAUAAUUUCUGGAAAUCUAGUGUACAACAAUGUGCGUAUAGUUAACAAUGCUGUAUUGUGUACUUGUAAUUUGCUAAGAGGGUAAAUCUGAAGUGUUCUCACCAUAAAGAAAGAAAAAAGUAAAUGUUAAGUAUAUGAGGUGAUGGGUAUGUUAAUUGGCUUGAUCGUGGCAAUUAUUUCAAACAUGUAUAUGUAUAUGAAAACAUCAAGUUGUAUGUCUUAAAUAUAGUUUUAUUUCUCUACUAUACCUCAUUAAAGAUGGGAAGAAAAAAGAAAUGACGUAAUGAUCCAUACUACAACAUGGGUGAACCUUGAAAUUAUGCUAUGUGAAAGAAGCCAGACAUAAGUGGUCACAUACUGUAUAAUUUACACUUAUAUGAAAUAUCCAAAUAGAUACAUCUAUAGAGACAGAAAGCAGACUGGUGACUGCCCAGGGGUUAGGUAGAAGAAGGUAUAGGUAGGGUUUCCCUUUAAAGCAAUAAAAAUAUUUUUGAACCACAUAGAAGUAAGGGUUGCACAACAUUGUGAAUGUACUAAAUGCUAUUGAAUUGUACGAGUUAAAAUGGUUAAUUUUAUCUCAGUAAAAAAUAAAACUUCUCCCCGUUACUUUUAGUUAAUUUACUGUGUCCUGACAAGUUUUAAUAUGAAUCAUAUCUUAAAGAAAAAACAGUCUCAAUUCACACCAAAUAAACAUUCAGCUUAGCAAGGUAUCUGUUUUCUAAUGGUUUUUUUAAUAGCCUAAUUUUAGCAUACUACCCCAUCCUAUUGUUGUAGUAGAGCAAAUGGCAUGAAACAGAGGUGGAAAGGCUGGAUGUAGCAGAACCUAAAUCAGACCUUAGAACUCUAACUGAAUUUUUGAGACAAUGCAACUAGGGAGUUUAUGUGUUUUUGCUUCAGCAUGUUUGUACCUACAAUUUCUUAUCUUGUUCUACCUGACUUUUUAAAAUAUUUAAUUCAUUUAUCUUAAAAUGUAUAAAUUGUUUAUAAAAAGGAAGUAAAUAUAUAUGUAUUGCUAGAAAAGAGAUAAUUUAAUGAUGAGCUUUCUUUAUUAGUCAUAUUUUAUACUGUUAGAAGAAUGAGGCUAUCAACUGAAUUCUGUCCCCACAAAAUUCAUAUAUUCAAGCUCUAACAAAGUGAUGGUAUUUGGAGAUGGGGCCUUUGGCAGGUAAUUAGAUUAAAUGAUCACAUGAUGAGUAGGCUCUAUUAGUGCCCCUAUAAGAAGAUACCAGAGAAGUUUUUCUGUCUCUCUCCACCAUGUGAGGACACAAUGAAAAGACAGUUGUCUGCAAGCCAGGAAGAGAGCCCUCACCAGGCACUGAAUUGGCCAGCACCGUGAUCUUAGACUUCCAAGCCUCUAGAACUGUGACUUGUUAAAGUCUCCAAGCUUAUAGUAUUAUGUUAUGGCAGCUUGAGCUAUAAGAGUACUAAAUGGAAGAGACAUGGAGGAACCCUAAACGCGUACUGCUAAAUGAAAGAUGCCAAACUGAAAUGGAUACAUACUGUAUGAUUUCAGCUAUAUGACAUCCUGGAAAAGGUAGGGCACUUAAACUAUUCUGUAUGAUACUGUAAUGGUCAAUGCUUGUCAUUCAUUCCUCAAAACCCAUAGGAUAUACAACAGAGUAAACUGUAAUGUAAACUAUGGAUAUUAGUUAAUAAUAAUGUAUGAACAUUGGCUCAUCAAUUGUAAAAAAUGCCCCACACUAAUGCAAGACGUUAAUAAUAGGGGAAACUUUGGUUUGGGGAAUAGAUGUGAGGGGGUGUAUGGGAACUCUAUACUCUGCUCAAAUUCUCUUUAAACUUAAAACUACUCUAAAUAUAGUCUACCAAUUUAUUUAAACAAAAUACAUCUAAGUUGCCUCAUCAUAUUGUGAGGUUAUUACCAUCUUACACCUUUUCUAUUUGACCUACUUCUUUAAUGUUCAUUUCUAACUUAUUUUAUCCUUGUAAAAAAUAUAUCAAAUGUUUUGUAUUAUUUCACCUCCCAGCCUUAUCUUUUUAGCUAUGUCUUUCACAAACCUUCAUUGGAAACUACAUUAGAUAUCCUUGACUUAUUACACUCUAUGCCCAUUACUAUUUUUACCACCUCCCUCGUAAUGCUUGAACCUUGGCUAUGACCCAUUGUCACCUCUGGACAAAUAGUUUCUGCUCUAUUUUCUGACUUCUGUCCUUCUGGGCCACUUCUAUCUACUAUCAUUACCCAAAGAACUGACUUUACAGAUUCUAUAUGCCAGUGUGUAACACUUGCAGUGUUUUAGGAAGUAUCCCAACUUCAUGAUGAUGAUUUGGGGUCAUUACCAAAGCACUCGGGAUCAUACAUAUUAUUUUAAGGUAGUUUUACAGGACAAUGCACAUUGGUAUUUUUCUCCUAUUAACAGAGUAGGAAACUGUGGGUUGAUUUGCAGUUAUUUCGAUUAAGAAAGCAGGAUAUGAACACUGCUUCUUUGCUGGGGUACUUGGCACUGCUCCUUCUCGUGCUGGGACGUGUUUUGCGCCUUUACAGCCUGGCAUCUAGGCGUACUGAUCAGACUAAUGCUUGGCUUUAUUGGAUACGUUGACCAGUCUGAUUGAUAUUCUGGUACAUACAGGGUACUUGGUCAUGGCUGCUCACCUCUGAACCUCAGCUUCAUCACCUGCAAAGUGCAACUAAUGGCAUAUCUGCUUUGUGGGGUUCUUAUGGAUUUGGCAAGCGUCAUAGUGCCUGGCACAUGCUAGAGACUCAGGUGAUGCAGUAAUUACUCAAAUUUGCAUUUUCAGUGGAUCCUUCCCACCUGCACAGGGUGACUGACAGCCUUCGGGGAGGAAGAGCAGGACAAACAGCAAGGGCAGCAUGGGCCAAGGGAAGGAGGUGAGAACUGAAAUGCAGGGGGGUCUCUUGCUGGUAUCACCAGAGGGCCCAUAGUGAGCCAGGAUGUGGGGAGAGACUGGCUGCUCAGUAAGACCAGGCCAAGAAAGGCCGUGUGAGGGGGACUUAGCUUUUAUCUUGUGGUAGAGGCCAUCCAAAGGAGAAAGUGAAAGAUGGGUAGGUAUAGACUUCUCCCUUGGAAUUGUCCUCGGGCUCUGUUUAUCUCCUGGCAGGGUGUGUUCAAUGAGUUGGCCCCUCCAGCACGUUCUAGAGACGACUGGCCAUGUCUGACCUUCUGGAGAUACAGCCCUGACCUCCUGGCCACCUCACUGAGGAGAGGGCUCAUGGGCGAAUCAUCCUCAGGCUGCACCUGUCCGCCAGUCCUGCACCCUGGACCACUCACUUGCAAGAGGCACAUCCAGCUGCCAGAGGAAGUGACAUUUCCUGACUCAUCUGACUAAGAAAGAGCAGAGUAUCGCUGACCAUUCCAGGGGAGUAGCUGCCACAGAAGAUCAGGAUGCGUACGAGCCAUAGAAGAUCAGAAGGAACAAAGGUCAGUCCACGUGGGAGUUCACAUGGGCGCCUCACAGUCCCCAACAUGCCCUCGAGUUUCCCUCCCAGCCCAACACACACUCCACCUGCCCACAGUCACCUGUGCCACCAUCACACAGCCCCACAGAGCUCCAAACAUCCUCAAACACACAAACUCCCUACCUAUAAGCAGAUGCCUGACUGUGUGCCCAGAACCCUCCUGCUCCAAUAUACAUGCACUACAAACCCCAAUAAAAUCACAGCCACAGUCUUGAAUACAAAAACACACCCCCAACGGCCCCUGAUAAUCAAACACCUAAAUCCUCAUAUCCCACAAAAAUCCACCCAACCCCAUAUAACCCCUCAAUGCAAACCCACAAACCCUUCAACAAUAGCCAAAUACAUUCAAAUCAAACUCACAUACUUCUUCAUAUAAGACACAACCUCCACAUCCAAAUAUAACACAUACAGUCCCCCCACAGCUGUCAACAUCCACGUAUGUGCAAUGCCUCAGAAGCUCAGACAAACACAACAUACCAUCAGAGAGACACAAUGUUUCCAACCUUUUCCUAAAUACUCCCCGUAGAACACAUGAUGACCUCACAACCCCAAUACAAACAUACACCCAUCUCCCUCUUGAGAUACUAUAAACAGCCUCUGUCACAUCCCCUGAUUAUACACACACAGCUAGCCACCCCAAUUUACACUGAGAACCCCAAUCUCUGCAAAUUCCUCCACACCAAAAAUACACUCCCUGAACUCUUACCCUACAGGAUGAGCAUGUGUAUAACCCCUGCACUCUGAAUACACACAGAUCCAACACACCAAGCAUUAAAAUGCAUACCCCUACCUCUUCUCAAACGCCUGCACACAUAGCCUCAAAACACCCAGAAGCAGCCCACCACCCAGCCACACCAUGCUACACCAACCGUACACCCACAAAGGCACUCAUGCCCCUCGUUCUUCCCCAGAUGACACAUACACAGUCUCUACACAGCUUUAUUAUUACCCCAAACCAUCCUAUACCCUAAACAUACAUCCAAGAGUUCCCCACACAGCCCUAACCCAUGAUAGAGGCAGCUCUACCAGGGGCAUCAUGGCACCCCGAACGGGCAAAUGCCGCUGAGGUAAGUGCCUCCUGUGUUGCUGCAUUUCUUGCUGCUGUUGCAAAUCAUCCCUUGACCCCACCGAGGCUGACUGGGACACCCUAAACAGGAAGUCGCAGCAUAUGAGUCAGGGAAGAGGAAAACUCCAUUCCAGGUGUUCCCUGUCACCAUCCAUUGCACCGAAACAUCGGAUGACCAGCAUGAACAAGAAACAGAGACAUGUAACUAUACCAUGAUCGAAAUGCAAAUUUUGCUAGAAAAAAUUUGUCCAAGGGAAGGGGAGAAGGGUGUUCCCCCUAAUUAUAAAGCCAUGCUGUUACAAUUCAAAGAAACAUCAGAUACAGUACAACAGGCAUGGGACUGCAUCCAUGUUGUAGCUAGAUAUGAAAAAGAUAAUUUUUCUGAAGUCCCAAAUCUCGCUUGCCAGUAAAGGCACAUGGGCCCCGCUGCCCCAUUGGCCAGAAACCCAAGAGAGGACCCUUAAGGGAUAUAGGGACUUCUGGGACCCUUACGGGUCUCCACCAAGGGGUGGUGCCUUCACACAGCUCCAUCCUUCAUGAGAUGACUAACAGACCUCCCUGUAUUGGCAGCUCUGGAGAUCGGGGGUCCCUGAUGACGUAACCUUGGGAAAGCACAAGCACAAGUUAGAAAUUUUUGCUCAGGCGCUAGAGACUCUUCAGGAGACCGGAGUGAUGGGCAGCUGUCACCUCUCAAAAGAGAGAUAUUAACUAAUUAGUUUGACUUGGUAUGCUGAAUUACACGGGAAGUGUUGUCAAAUAAGCAAUAAAUCUUCUUAGGUUAUAUUGUAUGCCGAAUGAUACAGGUAUUCUACAGAUUAGAUGGAGUUCCUAAAAUUUGGUAUGGUCUUGUAAAAUGUUACCAGUCAGAAUUCUCUUUAUUAUCUGAAAGUGUCGCAUGUCACCGCAGUAACUGCAUUAUUUGUCAAUUGCACUGUAAUAAGAUUUAAACGUGCCUUCUUAAGUCUUUCGCCAUUGUACACAGUUAUGGUUUCACUCUGAUGCCUUUGCAAAAAUGCUUCCUCUUCAAGAUUUAUAGAAAGGACAUUUGGAUAAAUACAAGUUUCUGUUUUUCAAACCAUAAAGGUGAACUGGGUAAGAACUUGAAGAAUUCUAAUGGGAAACCUGAUGGCUUCAUAAAGCUGUUAACAAAAACGAUUAUUUGCAUAUGACUGGGUAAACUGGUGACUAUGGUUAUAACUUUUAUGGUUUCUACCUGAAAAAUGACUGCUUUAAAUCUGUGUUUUCCAGGUGUAAGCAAAACCCUCCCCUGCAUGUCUAAGCCCUGCAUGUCUAUGUACGCACUGCUGGUACACUGAAAGAGCGGAUGGCUCACUAAAUCAGUUAUGGUACCUCUGGUCGCUCGCUAUUGCAAUUGGAUUACAAGUAGUUAUACUGAUCAUUGUUCUUUGUUUCCAGAUUGUUUGUUCUUGUGUCUCCCUGCUGCACUGUGUUUUUGUCCAUGUUACUAGCUGCAUUACUUAUAUCCUAUCUAUUUGAUAAGACUGGUAUCUCUUACACUACCCAGUAUGUAACCAGGCCUCCAACAGUACUUCUAUGGCUAAACAUCUUGAGGAAACAGACCACAUUUAUAACAUGAAAUAACUGUAAUAGUGUGAUUCUAGGUAUGGGAGGAAGCAACAAGGGAAAAUGUCUCCUGGAUCAUAAUUAGAUAGAGGAUCCAGAGGCUCUUUAAUUAUCAAUAGGGCCUAAUCCAAAAACUAGCACCUGGAGUGGCAUAUCAAGAAUUCUCCCCUGACCUGGGAUGAGCCUCCCAGCGCUGUGGGACAAAAUUUGAUCCUGAAAUGUCUCCCAAAUAUUGGUCAAAAUCCUGAGCAAGAGGAGAGGAUCUGAGAAAUAGAAUAUUUCCUGACACAUCAGUCAUUAGCGACCGCAGCCCUCCAACGUGAGCCAAUGAGCCCUGACGAAACUCAGGAUACGAGAAUAUAGGAUACAGGCCCCGGAUAGCUGAGGUACAUAUCAAAUGAAUGAUUUCACUGAGCCCAGACUCUUGCAUCUUCCCAUACAUAGAAAAGUGCUAAAUUCCUUAACUUGAGAUGCUGCCUCCCAGGCUUGAAGCCCUCAAAAUUCCCGUCAAAUAGAUCAUAACUCCCAACUUUUAGGCUGAGAAUAUUUUUUUAAGGCUACAGGUGUAAAGGAGACACUUUCCAGAGAGGAACAAAAAAAAACAACGUUUGGAACACUGGCACCCAUGGUGGACACUUCCGGAAAGAUCCAUCUGACGAAGCAAUUAGAAGGGCCGUCACCCCUUUUUCCACAAGACUGUGGAAUGGACAUUGACAGUAGGGAAUUGUAACAGGGAAGAGCCAAAUCUGACUACACGUUGGAUCUGUUUCUUUUACUUUAACCUUUGCCUUCAGCUGCUUUUGUUCACUAAAAGGAUACUGUCUGUACAUAAUGGCCUGCCUCGGGGAACCCUGUCCCUCUGCCUGAAUGUUAAACCAAAGUGCCUUUGUUCAUGGACACAUAUGGACCCUGUCCACCUGUGGACGGCUGCAAAAAAGAAGAAAUUAACACAUCUCCUCCCUGAGGCUGGCCAUUCCAGAGGCUAUUCGCAAAACUUAUGGCCUUCUUACUUUACCUUACUUUACCUUCUUACUUUACUCAUCUCCUCCCUACCUCUGUGCUAUAAAAGAAACUGGCAUCCAAACCCCGAUAAGAUGGUUAUUUUGAGACUUUAGUCCGUCAUCUUUUCGGUCGGCCAGCUUUCCGAAUAAAGUCAGAUUCCUUGCCUCAACACCUCAUCUCCGAUUUAUUGGCCUGUCGUGCGGCAAGCCGAGCAAGCUUGGACUUGGUAACAUCUUUACUCAGGACACGGUGUCACAAAAUGGGACGUUGUUUUCUGUUUGUUUGUUUUAUUUUUGUUUUUUGUAUUUGUUUUGGGCCGCGCCACGUGGCUUGUGGGAUCUUAGUUCCUCGACCAGAAAUCGAACCCGCGCUCCCUGCAGUGGAAGCUCGGAGUCCUAACCAAUGGACUACCAGGGAAUUCCCAUGGGACACUGUUACCUUGCAGUCAUGACCCUCACCUUUGUGAGAUAGAGGUAGUAGGGUAGCAGGACUGAGAACGUUGUAAAGUUUAAGAUAAA